AUGGCUCCAAAGACGUUCGAUGAUAGUGCACUUCAACCUCAACCACAACAACGACCAUUAAUAAACAACAUUUCAAGAAACUCUGCACGUCAUUAUCAGUCACCAUCUACAAUUAGUUUACCACCAAUUUAUAAUCGUAAUUCCACUAAUUCCACUACAGCAAGAUUUAAUCUUAAUAAUAGUAAUAAUAAUAAUAAUCAUAAUAAUAAUAAUUAUUAUUAUAAUUAUAAUUAUAAUAAUAAUAAUCCUUCUCGUCGUUUUACUCCAAGAAGACAUCGUUUCGUUCCUACUUCAUAUCAAAACAACAUGUCCAAUAAUAUUCCUUCUUAUGAUCAACGUAUUCAAAAUUUUACCCCUUCAAGACGUUCUUCUUCGAGAUAUUCUUUCGCUUCAAAUAAUUCUGAUAUUGUGACAACUAAUAAUAAUAGUAUUAAUGAUGAUGAUAUUAUUACACAAAAUAAUUUAUCAUCUUCGUCACGAUAUGUCACUACCCCUUCAAAUUUUUCUUCUUCCUCUUCAUCAUCAUCUACAUAUUCUCCUCAUCCUUUUUCCUUUUAUACAUCAUCUCCUCGUCCUUCUUUAAACACAACAAAUGAUGAUAGAUAUACAUCAUCAUCUCAUUCAUCAUUAACCACAACAAACAACAAUAAUAAUGAUAAUAGAUAUAAUUCAUCUUCUCGUUCAUCUUUAAUCACAACAAACAACAAUAAUAAUGAUAAUAGAUAUACUUAUAAUAGACCGGUAAUACCUUCAUCUACGACAACUUUAACAGUGACGCGUCCUAUUUCUUCUUCUACAUCCAUCGGUGAUCAUUCAAGAUUAAACUUUCAAAAUUCAAAUCGGAAUUCUUCAUAUUAUCCUAAUCUAUAUUAUUCUUAUAGAAAUCAUUUCAAUAUAAUUCCGCAACAAAAUGUGUCAAUAUUACAUCAACUUCCUAUAUUACCGCAAUCUUCCGAUCAUCAACAAAGAGAAGAACCGCCACCACCACUACCACCACAAUCACAACCACAACCAUCAUCACAAUCACAACUUGUACCUUCAAAUAAUGAUCAAGAUCAUCAUGAAAACGUUCUCUCACCCGAAUUACAUGAAACUGAAAAAGAAGAAAAGAAGAAAAGACGUAAUCAAAGAAGUAGGAAUAGGAGUAAACAUCGUCGAUAUCAACAAAAUCAACAACAAAAUCAACAACAACAGCAACAACAACAGCAACAACAACAACAACAACAACAAAAUCAACAACAACAACAACACCAACAACCAAAACAACAUCAACAUCAACAACAUCAACAACAAAAACAACAAGAAGAAGAAAAAGAAAAGGAAAUUCCUUCAGAUCUUUAUCUUUUAAACUUUUUCAUUUCAAUAAGUAAAUAUAUUAAUACUGAAUAUUUUCUUCGUGUUUGGUCAAAAAGUGAUAAAUGUUGUGCUAUUCUUCGUGUACCAAUUUUAAAAAGAACUUUUGGUGCUUUUAAGCCCACCAAAGAUCUCGCAAAAGAAUCAGUGGCUGAAAUGGCUAUCGAAGAAUUUAUUAAACAACAACCUGAUGUUGCUUGUGCUGUUGCAAGAUCUCAUGGAAUUAUAAAUGGUUCGCAAAUUGAAAAUAAUAAUAUUAUCGAAAUCAAUGCUAAAGAAUGGUUAUCAAAAACUAUUGCCGAACUUAUAACUCUUACAUCAAUCAAGAAAAUUAAUGAAUCAAAUCCUAGCAGUGAAGAAGAUUUGGAUGACUCCACAGAAAAAAGUACUCCCCAAUCUAUUAAUUCGAAAGAUUUGGAUGACUCCACGAAUAAAUGUACUUCCCAAUCUAUUACUUCAAAAGGUUUGGAUGACUCCACGAAUAAAUGUACUUCCCAAUCUAUUACUUCAAAAGGUUUGGAUGACUCUAAAGAUAAAAGUACUCCCCAAUCUAUUAAUUCGAAAGGUUUGGAUGACUUCACGAAUAAAUGUACUUCCCAAUCUAUUACUCCAAAAGGUUUGGAUGACUCCACGAAUAAAAGUACUUCACAAUCCACUAAUUCGAACGAAGAGAAAAACUUGGAUGUCAAAGAUAGUAAUAUUGAAGCAUUAGAUGAUAACAUUAAAACUCAAGAUAGAGAAAUGAUGGGCGAAGUUACGGCAUCAAAUAAAUAA